UUAAUGUAUUUACUCUGUACUAUAUAAAAUCUUUCCUUCUGUCUUUAUGUAUAAAUAUGUUGUACUUGUAAUUACAAUGCACAUACUAAAGUAAACUACGCCAUUCAACGAAAGCUUUUCUGCUUUCCUUCUUUUUCUUUCUCUCUUUCAAGUCUGGGGUGGUGGUGUACUGGUGUGUGUGUAUAUAUAUAUAUAUAUAUUCAUAUUAUAUACACUGUUGCUCUCCAUUAUCUUGUUCAUGGGUAUAACUGAGUUUUGGUUUAGUGUUGUGGUAAUAGGCCUUUUGAGUUGUGUUUUGGGUGCCAUCUGGAACCAUUUCUCACCCUUGUUCUUUCAGACAUGCUCUGUCCCUAAAGGGUCUUUUGGGUGGCCUUUGGUGGGAGAAACAAUUGGUUUCUUGAAGCCACACUCUUCUAAUUCUAUUGGCAACUUUCUUGAAGACCAUUGUUCAAGGUACGGAAAAGUGUUCACAUCCCAUUUGUUCCUUUCACCAACGGUUGUGUCAUGUGAUGAAGAGCUGAACUAUUUUAUUCUUCAGAAUGAAGGCAAACUGUUUGAGUGUAGUUAUCCAAAAUCCAUCCAUGGAAUUUUAGGCCAGUUCUCCAUGUUGGUAACUGCUGGUGACACUCACAAGAGGCUCAGAAAUGUGGCUCUCUCCCUUGUCUCCAUAACCAAAUCCAAGCCUGAGUUUCUCAACGACAUUCAGACAACGGCUAUUGGUAUUCUUCAUUCCUGGAAACACAAACGACAUGUCGCUUUCUCUGAGGAAGCCAGAAAGUUCACACUCAAUGUGAUUAUAAAACAAGUGCUUGGUUUGACCCCAGAAGAUUCAAAGACAACAAAAAUUCUUGAAGAUUUUCGCACUUUCAUGAAAGGGCUCAUAUCACCUCCUCUCUAUAUUCCUGGAACUCCUUAUGCAAAAGCUGUUAAGGCUAGACAUAGGAUAUCUUCAACUGUCAAAGCAAUUAUAAAGGAAAGAAGAGCAAGUUCUUAUGAUGAUAGUUCUAUGAAAAGGAAGAGUGAUUUCCUUGAGAUACUUCUAACUGUUGAUACCUUAUCUGAAGAUGAAAAAGUGAGCUUUGUUUUGGAUUCUCUUUUGGGUGGCUAUGAGACCACCUCUCUCUUAUUAGCUAUGGUUGUUUAUUUUCUUGCUCAAUCACCUUCUGCAUUAGAACAACUAAAGGUAGAGCAUGACAGUAUUAGGAGCAUGAAGCAGAAAGAUGAGCAUUUGAACUGGGAAGACUACAGAAGAAUGGAUUUCACCCAGAAAGUCAUAAAUGAAGCUCUUCGAUUGGGAAAUAUUGUAAAAUUUGUGCACCGAAAGGCCAUAAAAGAUGUCAGAUAUAAAGAUUACCUAAUUCCCUCAGGGUGGAAGGUCCUACCUAUAUUUAGUGCAGUUCACUUAGACUCUUCUCUCCAUUCAAAUGCUCUUAAGUUUGAUCCCAACAGAUGGGAGAGCCAAAAUCAAGUAUCCAAAAGAUAUACUCCCUUUGGGGGAGGGCCUAGAUGUUGUCCUGGUUCUGAACUUGGUAGGCUUGAAGUGGCAUUUUUCCUUCAUCACCUUGUGCAAAAUUUCAGGUGGAAAGUUGAAGAUGAUGAACAACCUACAGCCUAUCCAUAUGUAGAAUUUAAGAAAGAGCUGGUCUUAUAUUUGGAAAGUUGCUCAUAAUUUGGUCAAUUAGUGGAUUUUAAGAUCUUAUUUGGUAGUUUGAGGUGGAAAAAAUUACCAGUUCGAGAGUUUGACUAAAAAAGGGGCAUAUUGGACUAAAUAAAACUCACACAGUUCAGAAAUCAGAAGCCACAGAGCAGCAGAUCAUUUCUCUUUUCCUUCUUCGACCACAGCUCACCCUGGUCAAGAAUUAGGCACCCACCUCAAUAUUCUUGGGCAGAAGGAAGGAACAAGAUUUUAAUUUCCAUUACACAAUACACAGUGAUAGGCUGUUUAAUGUUUGGUUUCUGUAUACGUUUCUUCUUGUAAAUGUUUUUUUUCCCUACUUAUAUUCUUUUUUUUUAUCAAAAGCUGAAGUUGUGUGGUAUCAAGGGAUUGGGAAUAAAGAGUCUGCUUCUGAGUUUCCUUUCUAAGUUUAACAUUCAGACUCCAAAGCCAUAGCAUAGGUUGGCUUUUAGGAAUUAUUAAGAGCCGUUUGUUUCUUUUUCUUUUGGGUUUCAUCUCAUGAUUUUUUUAUAUUAUUAUUAUUUCAAAGGCUCUAUUGCCCCUUAAAGUGUAAUGAGCACUAUGAAACAAUGUACAAGUCUCUUUAAAUUAGAGACACUUGACAAUAUUGGAAGAAUACAUAGAAGAAGAGAAAAAGUAUUGCUAAAUUAUAAGCAACUAAUAUUUCUUUCCACUUUCACCAAUCAUUAUUCUUAAGUUGAAUCAGCCUAAAAGUAAGCAUUUUUGAAGAAUAAGAACAUGCAAUUAGCUGCCCAAAAUGGCAUAUUUGUUUUAGGCUUCCUUCACCACAAUAGGACUCCUAACAUGGUGCUUACCAUCAGACCAUAUCAAUUCUCCAAACGCAUAAUCCUUGGCUGCCUUAAGUUUUUUGAGCAUGAGAGUGACUUUAAACUUCUUCUCUUCACCAACCCUCUUGAACUUCAAGCUUUCUGGCUUAACAGAAACUACUACUCCGGUGGGGUUUUUGAUUUUCGCUCUGUAAGUUCCUGGUGUGCC